UCUCGCGCCUUCCCUCUUGUCUCUCCUCGAACUGCUAGCCGUCGGUGUGUGUUGUUGUUGAAGCAAUGAUGGCGGCAGCGGGAUGCGGAUCAACAACCGCGGCUGCCGUAGGAGGCCAAGGUGGAACCGCUACGGCCAGAGGUCGUUUCCCCGGUCGGCCUUGGUCGUCACGCAGUCGUUUGCGCUCAGAGAAACGAUGGCAACUCGGACGAUCUGGCUCAGACGCCGAUGAUGUGACUAACGGAGGGCCAAGGCCCGCAAACCUGGUCCUAUCGUUAAACGAAGACCAGUCUCACUUGCGCUUACUCGGACUAGAGGCGAGCCACCAUACCCUCGGCCAGGCUGGAUACAGCUCGAGUGGGAGUGAAGAGGUGAGGUCCCAAACCGACCCAGGAGGAGACGACUUCCGAGGGUUUGAAGCUGAGAGAAAAGGCUCCAAAGGACCUGUAUGGUUGCAACAAAACCCUUCUAAAGGUGAUGCUGUCAACACAAAAUCUAAACGACAAAGUGAGAAGCUGCCGCUUAAAACGCCAGCGGUGGAGGCAGAUAGUACCCCACCUGAUCCUGUGAAGGAUGUAAAUUCUUUGGAGAAAACACACGGCUUAUCUCCUGAAGCAGAGCCUGGAAAGGACUGCAGGAAAGGUCAGAAAGGAAAAAACACGAUGGAUCAACAGUCCACUAAAAGCGGAGCCACAUCAGCAGCACCAAGGAUUACUAUAAAGUUGGUGGCCAAAAAGAAACUGAAAACCGUAAAGGAGCCUCAUAAAAAAUCUGCGAAGAAGUUGAAGAUAAUUGGGAUCCAGGAUCAGCCUAAAGCCAAGGACAUUCUGGGCGACCAGAUCUCAAGUGCUCACGUCAAAUUAAAAACUGAACCACAAGAGGAUAAGCAUGGCACUGAAAAUAAGGGAGGGGGGACUGUACCGGCAAGAAGGCGUGGGAGAUCAGCUUCAAAGAAAACAGAACCAGUCUGCCAGACUAGCGCCAAAGUUGUGGUUGAUGACCAAAAAUCAAAAGAGAGAAAAUCACCUGAUCAGUUUGACACUGUAAAGGAGAGUGGCUCUGUGCAGCCAAAAACAAAUGUAAAGAAGUUAAAGCAUAAGGACAUUGUGACAGAGCAAAGUUCAGAGGUUAAUCAACAAGUAAUUCGUAGGAGCAAUAGAGUCACUAACCCAAUCACUAAAAAAGUCUCAGACAGUGCAGCUGAACCAGAAAGUCUGAGUAACAGUGAUGCUAUUCUGGUGGAGUCAAAGCCAGAAGUUUCUCAAACGAUGGAGAUCAAACCAGCGAGAAGUGACCGACGAAGGCAAAGCAAGAGGCUGAAUAAGGAUGCUACGGUGCAAGAAAACCAUGGUACAUCAUCCACAGAGACCGAUCAUUUAUCUGAAAAAUCCAGUCACAGGAACGAGGAAACGCAGGUCCCAAGUUUAAAGUUGAUGAAGAUCAGAAACCCUAAAUUUGAUGCACAGGCCAGUGGGAAGAACUCAACUCUAAAGAAAAAGCAGAGAAAAAAAUUUGUCUGGACUUUAACAUUAGUGAAGAGAGAGAGUCAGACACAGGGUACUGAAAACACUGUCAAAGUAACAGAGAAGACUGUGAGUGAAGUGGACCAGUCCACAUAUUGUGAUCCCAGUCUCGACAACAGUUUGAAGGUGGUGGAUACAAAAUCUAAACUGGAUAACUCGGCCUCACAAGAGAGUAAAGGCGUGGACAAUAAUAUGAAGGGUUCCCAAAACGAGGUUGAUCUGCCAUUUGAGGAGAAGCCCACUUUACAGGUGGAAGUCGAAGUGGAACAAGUAAAUGAAACGCCUCCACAAGAAAUGAUUAAAACAGAUUGCGGGAAAGUUCCACCUCUUCAGAUCAAAAAGGUCUCCUCUCCUGGCAAACAUAAAAGCUCAAAGCCAUCCUUUUUGAUUCAACAAGUUAGCCCUGUGUCUGAAAAUAUAGAGGAUGUUCUGAAAAAUCUGAGUGAAGUGAAUGAGGACAAAUUAUCAUGUCUGGAUACUGUAGUCACACCAACUAGGAGACUAAGGCGGAGGACACCAAGCUUUGAUUCACCUCAAAAGUCUGUCGGUCAUAAGCCAGUGACCACACAGAAACGGAAGCUUAGAACAAGCCAACAGGAUAAAGAUAUGCCGCCAGAGCACAUUGAAGAUGCUUUUCAGGCUUCAACUGAAGAUUCCAGCUCACAUGCUCUUCCUAAAAAUGCCUUUCAGGAUUUGGCUGAGGACCCUUCACAGGUGACCAAUGUAAACUCCACUGAAGUCCCUGAUGAGGAUUCCUCAAAAGCGGCUGAGGAUUCCUCAAAAGCGGCUGAGGAGUCCUCAAAAGCGGCUGGCGAUUCUUCAAAAGCGGCUGACGAUUCUUCAAAAGCGGCUGACGAUUCUUCAAAAGCGGCUGACGAUUCUUCAAAAGCGGCUGACGAUUCUUCAAAAGCGGCUGACGAUUCUUCAAAAGCGGCUGACGAUUCCUCAAAAGUGGCUGACGAUAUCUCACAGGUGCCAGUUGAAGUUUCUCCACAGAAGGUGGAGAAUGAGGUAGAACCACAGAUCGAAGAGGCCAAACCAUUGCCUGUGCCUUCCAAACCUAGAAGAUGUAGAAAUAAUAAACUAGGGAAAAAGAGGUCUGUUCAAAGCAAGAAGGCUGUUGUCUCACCUGAAACUGAUGUCAGCACAGAGGUGUCUACUGUUGAAGCUACUAUCACAGAGUCUGUUGUAGUACCAGAAGUAAGUCAGUCAGAAACUAAAGAUUGUACCCAGCUUGAGCCAAAACAGGACACCGUGUUAGUGGAAGAACAGCAGAUAUUUACACCGGUAAAAGAGGAAACAGACAUUCAGUUAAUAGAUAUGCAACACUCUUUGGUGGCAGAACAUCAAGCACGUGGUCGAGAAAGGCGGUGCCUACGAAAGAAAUCUCUCAAAAAAGGAAAAAAGAAGCGCAAAAAAAAUUUGAUUGGCCAGCGUCAGAAACACAGGCACAGGAGCAUAGAUGGGAAGUUUGCUCCACUUGAAUUUUCUGAAAGUCAGAAAAUUGUUGAGGAGGAUAGUGACAUGUCCACCCAUGUGGAAGCAACAUCACCAAUUCCAAGCUCCAAACUUGUUGGAGUUCAUAAAAAACACAAAAAAAGAUAUUCAGGCCUUCAUUUUAUGAGGUCCAAAAGGCCAAAACCAUCUAAAAUAAUUUCUCAGCUGAUGGAAAUGGGGCUUAGCGAUAGUUUAAAGCAGGAAGAGACUGACACGUUAGUCGAUCAGAGACAAGCAGAUGUUGAUGCCCAACCUGGUAAAUCAAAGUUUGUGAAAAACAUCAAGCACUUCAUAAUGCCUGUAGUGAGUGCCAGAUCCUCACGAGUGAUAAAGACCCCGCAGAGGUUUAUGGAUGACGCUGGAAUGUCGGUAUUGCCUCGAAGAAACUCGCCAAAGAAGGGUUUCCAACUGGGCCUGCCAAUGCGCCCAGGACAGAGGCGCGAUGAUGGGACAGACAGGGCAAUAUCCCCUAUCCUGCCGAUUGAUGAGGACAUAUUGAGUGAAGCUCAGUUGGAUGUUGAUCUCUUUUCAUCCCAGGACCUAGAUGACAACAUUGAUAUAGCUGACAGCCUAUUUUCUGACAAAAUAAGUGCUAAAAUUGAAAAGAAGAAGUCUUUUCUAAAGAACUCUACUUUCAAGUGGCAUGUGCCAGAAGAGCCAAGCGAGAAAGUGUACACACUGGACAAAACUUCAGAGGACAAAUGUGAGGAUCUGUAUUUAUCUGCACCACUUGAAAAGCCGACGGAAGUAUCGGCUGAACUGCUGGAUGCCCCGAAAAAGAAGAUUUACCAGAAGUUCAAUAAACAAGCGGCUCAGUUCAAGAUCUAUCAAAGGCUAAAGAAGGCGCACACAGGACUUCCCAAAAGCAGAAACACAACUGACACAGACGGUGUGAGUAAACUUCUUCCUCCUCCUGUUGAUUUAGCAGAGGGACUCGAUGAUGAGGCCAUGAGCAUCAGCCUCAGGCAACGAAAUACAAACGCAGGGAAGGACAAAUCCAAGCUCAAGAUAGAAGACCUCGAUUCUCCUGGAGUAGUGAGAAAAGUCUCUGUGUGUGUUCGGACUAUGAACUCCAAAUCCUUUGCGAUUCAGCACGGUGAAAAAGAGGGUUCCGUCGGGAAAGACACUGCCCAACUUCACUCAGGAGAGCUGCCACCAGAACAGAAAUCGGGCACAGGGGAUUAUCUUGGACCUGUGGAGAAGGGAGCUUCACAACGAGCGCGCCUCACUGGUGCAAAUAAAAGAAUGUUCAAUCUCCUCAGGAAAGCCAAGGUCCAGCUCAUGAAGAUUGACCAGCAGAAACAGCUAAAGUCAUCUGGGCUGUUAUCCGGCCCUGCUGGUGCCAGAUCUCGAGAUGUGACCUCAAAAAGACAAAGGCGGAAGCAGAGGGUUCAGCUUGAAGCUGAUGUUGCAGUCAAGACAGAGCCACCGCAAGGACAACCGCAGCUAAUCUCCCCGCUGUGUAAGGAGUUCCGUAAAGCAGGUGGUCCUCGCAUCAAGCAUGUGUGUCGUGCUGCAUCCGUGGUGCUGGGGCAGCCUCGAGCCUUGGUACCAGAUGACAUUCCCAGACUUAGCGCCUUGCCUCUGCAUGAAAGGACAGGCAUUUCCCCUUCAGCCAUCCCUAAAGAUAUUGGUUCUCCCUCUGAAUCAGACAGUCCCGGGCUGUCGGAUCCAAAGUUCAUUAAGACCAAGAAGCCGUCGAAUUUUGGGAAACGGAAAGGACUCGGGCCGUUUGGGUAUCGCUCUCGGAGGUGUGGCAUAUGCAAAGGCUGCAACCACGAGGACGACUGUGGCAAGUGUAUGAACUGCCUCGACAAACCCAAGUUUGGUGGUCCCAAUACCAAACGACAGUGUUGUGUGUAUAAGAGAUGUGAUCAAAUUGAAGAGAGAAAAGCACGCAGACUAAGUGGAAGAACGGCACCGAAAGGUGCCUCUAAGCGAAGGCGAUCCUCUCUCAGUGCGGGACAUUCGAGUAACGAUGAAGGGAACGAGGGUGGUGCAGAUUCACCAUCUGGUCUGCAGGGUGACGACCGCAGUCCGUCAGUAAGGAAGCAGCCAAAGCGUGUUGUGAAACCCCGUGUCUACUUUGACCUGGUGGACUACGACUCCGAUCUGGAUGACAAAGCGAUCUCAAGCUCUGCCUCACCGGCCAGGAGGAGGGGCGCUGGAUCCCGUUUCAGUCAAGACUUUGUGUCACUGGAUGGAUUCCUUGGAGACAUUUCAGAUGAAGAAGUCAGGCAUCGAAAGUCCAGCUCACACCGUGUACCACCUGCUCGACGUAAACCUGAGAAGGGUGCUUUGGAGCAGACUCCCCCCAGUGUACUGGCUGCACUUGCCCAUGGUUUUGAGCAGAGAGACACAGAGUCUUCUAAACCUACUCAUAAAAUCAAGAUUGACUUCAAGGAGGACUGUACUUUGGACAACGUCUGGAAUAUGGGUGGUUUAAGUAUAUUGACCUCUGCACCGCCCAUGCCACCAUGUGUCUGCUUCCUUUGUGCCAGUAAAGGGCAACAUGAGAUGCUGUAUUGCCAAGUAUGCUGUGAGCCCUUCCACCAGUUUUGCCUUGAUCCAGCCGACCGCCCCUCUGAGGAGAACAAGGAAAACUGGUGCUGUCGUCGCUGCAAGUUUUGCCACGUGUGUGGCAGGAAAGACAAACAGUCAAAGCCGUUGUUGGAGUGUGAACGAUGCCAGAACUGCUAUCAUACUUCCUGUCUGGGACCCAACUAUCCAAAACAAAACAAGAAGAGGAAAGCUUGGGUUUGUAUGACAUGCAUCAGGUGUAAAAGUUGUGGCGUCACACCGGGGAAGAGUUGGGACACUGACUGGAACCACGACAAAGCACUCUGUCCAGACUGUUCAAAACUCAAUGAACUGGGUAACUACUGUCCCAUCUGCUUCAAGUGCUAUGAGGACAAUGACUAUGACAGUCAGAUGAUGCAGUGUGGCACCUGUAACCACUGGGUACAUGCCAAGUGUGAGGAUCUAACAGACGAGCUGUAUGAGAUCCUGUCCAGCUUGCCAGAGAGUGUCGUGUAUUCAUGUCGGCCAUGCAGUGUGACCCAGCCCAGCGCUUGGAGAGAGCUGCUCUAUAUUGAGCUCAGGUCUGGGGUGGAAAAGGUGCUGGCUUGCUUGCUCUCCUCCACCCUUACCCAGCACCUUGUUGCCUGCUCACAGUGUGAGAAGUUGGUUGGUCCUGACCGUGGAGUAGAAGGACAGCCAGCCUGUGACCUCCGAGCUGUUGGCAAGAAGUUUGACAAAGGCCUUUAUACUACGUUGAAAAUGUUCCAUGAAGAUGUGGUUCAGGUUGUGCGAAAGAGGCUCGAGCAAGAGGAGGAUCUUCCAGAGGAGCAGAGACCUACAGCACUUGCACGCUCUUACUACUUAAAGCUCCUUGAGGAAGUAUUCAAUUGGUUCAACAGCCAAGACCCAAAGGUGUGGAACUCUUGUACCAAAGAAUUACCAAUGGGUAUGCUGUCCAAUGCUGUUCAUCCACCUACAACGGAGCAUGUUUAUGCCCAGUGGCAGGAGAGGGAGGAGCUCUCAUCUAGGGCUCCGCUGGGGCUCCUGCAGGACGACAAUAGACAAAGCUUAAUUGUAAAGGAGGAAGAAGCAGUUUCUCCAUUGUCUGGGGAGCCAAUAAGCCCAAACUACUUCAAAACCAGCAGGGCUGUCAGGCUCAAAUGCAAAGGGAAAAGGGGCCGCCUUUCAAAAUCUGAUUUAGACACCGGAUGGUCUAAGGAUGAUGAGAGACAGUGCUCUUUGUGCCAAAAAUACGGAGACCUCAAACCUAAUGACACAGGCCGGUUGCUGUACUUGGGCCAGAAUGAGUGGGCACAUGUCAACUGCUCUCUCUGGUCAGCUGAGGUGUUUGAAGAGGACAAUGGCUCUCUACUACAUGUACACAGUGCUGUCACAAGGGGCCGUUUGAUGCGAUGUGAACGCUGCAACCAGACGGGUGCCACAGUGGGCUGUUGUCUGACAUCUUGUCAGAGCAACUAUCACUUCAUGUGUGCUCGCUCCCGUCACUGUGUGUUCCAGGAGGAUAAAAAGGUCUAUUGCUACAAACACCGACAUCUCAUCAGCGGCAGGAUGGUAACUGGUCAGGAAUUUGAAGUGAACCGCAGGGUGUAUGUGGAUUUUGAGGGGAUAAGCCCCCGCAGAAAAUUCUUGACCGGACUGGAACCUGAAUUAAUCAACGUGAUUAUUGGUUCCUUACAGAUAGACCAACUCGGUGUGCUGACAGAACUUUCGGCUAGCAAAGGAAAACUGUUUCCUGUGGGUUUUCAGUGUUCUCGUUGGUACUGGAGUACAGUCAAUCCAUUGCGCCGGUGCAAAUAUACAUGUACGGUGCGGGAGGUUCGGCCGGUUGUCCUUGAGAAGCCUGUUGAGGAGAUGCCUAACCAAGGAGACAAUAACACAAUUGCUCACAGUCCCUGUCCACUAUCUGAAUCUGAAGCCCAAGAGAAUGAUAUAACUGAAUCCCAAUCCCCAAUGGAGGAAGCUUUUAUCCCGGGACCAACCUCCAAGUUCGAUCCCGGUGCAAGGCCAAAGAUUCCUAGGAGACCAGCUGGAGGAAUGUCCCGACCCCUGCCAUCCCCAGGACUAAACAAGUUGAAACCCCACCACAUAUUAACCAUAAGUGAUUUGGAGGAUACACGAAGGGUUCUUCGCCACAGCCCACACUCUCAGACAACAGGCUCCCACAGUCACAUGCCCCUCCCUCAUCUGGGUCCUCUGACUGGACCCAUUACUCUCCGUGCUGGAAAGUCUUCCCUUCCCACUUCCCCGCUGCUCCCACUUGGUGCUCCAGACAACCUGAUAAAUUCUCCAUCAUCCCGCUCAGUUGGAGGUAGAAGUGCCUCCUCAGUCCGAUGCCCUGGGAAUACAAUGACCCAUUGUACUUCAUCUUUCUUUCCUCAGUCACCCUGGCAGGACGGUGCAGCAAGCUUUCCCUCACCAAGUCUGUCUUUCUCUCCAACCAUACAACAUCUCCCGAGAAAUCGAUUGUCAUUUGAUCUGAACCAGUCAGACUCAGUCGAGGUGCCACACAACUUCUUAGCUUCACCAGAACCUGAAGAUGUCUCUCCGGCAAAUGGUACAUCACCACAAAGGGAUUUAGACCAACAGAAGGGGGAAGGAGAAUUCCCCUUCAGUUCAUUCCACAAGGAUUCCAAUGUGAGUCUGGCCCAAGAGAUGAGGACAGAACUGGAGAUUGAAGAGACGCUCCUGAAUGAAGGCGUGGCAAUGAACUGUGGGGGACAAAUAGUGGUAGACGGUGAUGAUCGGGAUGAAUAUUGGGGAAGAGCCCAAGAGGUACACAAGAAGAAGACUCUCGUUGCCAACCUGCCGCGGUCUGCAGCUUCAGCCAGAGAUGACUUGAGCAACACUUCUUCUGAUGAUGAUAUGGAGCACUAUUUUGACUUCUCGAGGACAAUAGUCAGCUGUCCCGGAUCAAAGGAUCAUUCCAAAUCUCCCUCCUCCCCUUCCUCCCGUUCUAUGGCUCAGCUAGAUGGUGUAGACGACGGUACAGAGAGUGAUGCAAGUAUAGCGACCAACAAUGAUGCUCAGAAAGUUGGGGGUUGUAGUCAAGCUCAGAUACAAGCCAAAACCCUCAAUAAUAAAAAUGUCCCUGAAUUGAACUCUACAAACAGCACUCCGGGUGUUCAGAGUCUGUUCCCCAAGGCAUCAUCCAAUGAUAAGCACACAGAUUCUUCAUCAGUCACCAUCUCGGUUGCCAGCAAAGGUCCUACAGAUGGUUCACAUAAAGAUCUACCUAAAUCCCACGAUGCCAGUCAUUCAAAUGAGGACAACAUGGGAUUGGUUUCUCCAUACAUUUCCAAAAAAUCUGAGGAUUUAUUCCAGGGUUCCAGAUUUGCCUCUGGAACACCUCUUGUUCUUGAGAGAUGUGACACUAGUCCACAUUCGCGAGAAGGCCCACCGCUUCAGACCCAACAAUCUGAAGAUCGUAAACCCCUGAGCUCAGAGCCUGACAGCAGCCACUCUACUGUAUUGAUGAACCACUUACCAGCUAAUACAAUGGAACCCUCAUUAGCAGAUUCUGCUGAUAACAGUCAAGGCGCCCUGCUAGACCUUCUUCAGCCCUCCCCUGUAAUGUCUACGGACGUACUGAACCCCUCUCAAAGCCUUGUAGACUCUCUGCAGAUGUAUUCCUGUUUGCCAGGUUUCAGUAAACCUCUAACAAGUAUUACACUUCAGCCAGUAACAUCCUCACAAGAGUUAACUUUCCCAUCAAUGUCUGCUAAACUAACCACCCUGAGUCCUGUUGUAGACAUGACGCAAACACUGCUAAACAUUACCCCUCAUCAUGAUCCAGUGCUAUCAGCUAUGUCAGGCACUUGUCCCCCAUCAGGAACAUGUGGAACUCUCUCUCUGCCCAUCUACUCCACACAAACACAGCCAAUGGGCUCUACAGCUGUCACCAUUGUUUCUUCUUCUGCGUCGAUAUCGGCUCUUUCUGUACUUUCAACACAAUGUUCAACAGCUCCAACGUCAGUCCAAACCACCUCGGCCCCUGUCAUCUUAAAUGGUUACAGCUCUUCAUCUGUGCAGAAGGAAACUACACCGGGCCACACAAUCUCCAUCAACUUUUCUACAUCCAGGCCAGCUUUGGAACCUCAACAGACGGUGGUUCCCCAGACUUUACCUGGACAUGCUAUUCUUACUGUGAAGGAGGUGGGAGGUCCCAAUGUAGAUCCUACACCACAUGUCCUGCUGGUGAACCGCCUCGGGCAGAUCUUUGUGAAGAACCCUGAAAGCAACACUUUUCAGCUUCCCACUCCCACCUCCUCCUCCUACAACUGUGUCACUCAGAUUGCCAGCCUUUUGCAAAGCAAUGCACUGUCAGCCACACUAGCAGCAGCUGGUAAUAUGACUACUCCACCCCCCGGGACCAGCGUUGCAACAGCAGCUCCUCCGUCCACAGUUCAGAAUCCAACCACAAUUACACAGCUGCUUACUCACAAUAGCAACGGUACAGUGACAUCAGUUAAUGUGAAGAAGCCAAGAAAGAGUGCAAAAACACCAAAACAUGAAACCGCUCCAGAGUUGAAAAAAUCAAAGAAGAAGAAGGAUUCUAGUGCGUCCAAGAAAUCAAAGUCAUCAGGUCCUCAGCCUGCUCUGCCAACUGAGAAUCCUCCCAUGACUCCUGCUGAAAGUGCCCAAGCAAUCAUCAAUCAAGCAAUGGCGAGUAACUACACCCCCAAGUGGAGUGGGCUUCAAACACUAAGCCCAUCCUCACUGGUUUUACCACCUGGCCUACUAAUUGAACCGGAGACUCCAGUGUUGCCUCGCUCUCCAUCAGUAACACCAGCACCAGCACCAGCACCUGCACCCCGACCUCGCACCCAUGUCCGCAUGAAGAGAGUGUCUUCACUUUCAGACCGUAUUGUCACAAAGAAGUCUAAAGUGGACUUCUUAAAACCAGAGCCCCCCAGCGAGGAUGAGGAGCACCGCAGACCAACCUUUCCAAGCAUCUCCAGCAGAGUUUCAGGAGUCCGCAUCAAGACCCCAACAGUGAAAGGAGUACUGAACCUGGAUCAGCUAAAGGAGGAGCAUAUAAGUGAUUAUGAAAGCUCAGGAUCAGACCCGUGGGAUUAUAUGUCUCAGGGUGAACAAGGCAAACCGCAUACAUGGGAACCAGUGGGACACAGCACCCUGACUGACUGGAAGAAAUACUCUGGCGCUGCUUCUGCCUCAGAUGAUGAACCACCACUGUCUGAGGAUGAGGAAUUUCCAACAAAGAGAGACCAGCCACACUUAAGAUUUGAGAUAACCAGCGAUGAUGGUUUCAAUGCAGAGGCAGACUGUAUUGAGGUGGCAUGGAAAGCAGUGGUAGAUGGGGUGCAGGAGGCACGAGCUAUUGCAAGGUUGAGACCUCUGACCUUUCAGAGGAUCACCGGCGCCCACAUGCUAGGUCUGGUCCAUGAUGCAGUGGUGUUCUUGCUGGAGCAGCUGCAGGGAGCCCACCGCUGUCAACGCCAUGCCUUCCGUUUCUUCAAACAGUUCACGCAGGAGGACGACCUCCCUGUCAAUCCCAGUGGUUGUGCUCGCUCUGAGCUGUAUCUUAGCAGGAAGUCCACAUUUGACAUGUUUAACUUCCUGGCUUCUCAGCAUAGACAGCUUCCUGACAUUGGGCCUUAUGACGAUGAGGAAGACGAGGUUCUUUUGAAGUCCACAAGACGGGCUACUAGUUUGGAGUUGCCCAUGGCCAUGCGCUUCAGACAUCUGGAAAGGACAUCCAAGGAGGCUGUUGGCGUGUACAGGUCGGCUAUCCAUGGGCGCGGUCUUUUCUGCAAGAGGAACAUUGAAGCAGGGGAGAUGGUUAUUGAAUAUGCAGGCAUCGUCAUUCGCUCAGUGCUUACUGACAAAAGGGAAAAGUACUACGAUGGCAAGGGUAUCGGCUGUUACAUGUUCCGCAUUGAUGACUUUGAUGUGGUGGAUGCAACCAUGCAUGGCAACGCGGCAAGAUUCAUCAACCACUCCUGUGAACCUAACUGCUACUCUCGAGUGAUCAACGUGGAAGGCCGGAAGCAUAUCGUCAUCUUUGCUCUUCGGAAGAUCUACAGGGGGGAGGAGCUCACUUAUGAUUACAAGUUCCCCAUUGAAGACGCCAGCAGCAAACUCAACUGUAACUGCGGGGCCAGGCGAUGUCGCCGUUUCCUCAACUGAGACAUCCCUUAUAUGAAACUGGGAGGAUCCUGUUUACCAGUAAGCCUUAAAUUAAGGUGGAAUGGGCUUGGGGAGGCAGCAGGCAGUCCGCACAGAAGGGGAAUUAGCCACUAUGAGACCAGCCGGAAAUAUUUAGCUGGUGAUAUUUGGACAUUUUUAUGGAUAUUAGAAGAAGAAAAAGUGGAUAACCUGCACAGAAAGUUUGUAUCGGGCAAGUUUCUCCUUUGUCUGUGAAAGAGUUCAGAUGUGCAUCUUCAUAGCAGAAGUAAAUAUGGUUUUAGUGAUCAGGACAACGGAGCAUUUAAACCAGAUGUUACUGUAUGGGGUUCCUGGAUCAGUAUGGAUGACACCAAUAGAAUUUCUUUAAUACACACGUCAAGCCUUAUCUGUUUGAAUCAUUGCUGAAAACCUAUUGCUAGGUUUUGAGAGAUGCCCUUUAUGUUUUAUUCAUUUCUGGGGGGGGGGGGGGUUUGUCUGUCUCUAUUACACUUGUAAUCAUGUCUGCUCCAUCCUCCAGUGACGGGAACAUUAUAGCCCCAUCCAUGCAGUGGUGAAGUCAGUUCUUGAGCCAUACAUUUACUCAAACCUUUAUUUGUGUUUUUUUUUUAUCUCUCAUUUAACACUUCUCUCGUUGUUAAUAUUUUUUAUUUGACUUUUGGGGGGGGCGGGGGCAAUAACAAAACAACCAUGGUGCUAAGCUUUGAAAGGUCUUUAACUUCUUUAGUUGGACAAAAGUGUCCCGUAAAUCAGGAAUUGUUUAGCUGUUCAUUCACCCUGCUGAGACCAUUUAUCUUAAAUGUAUGCACUCGAGCAGUUCUCCUAUCAUCAUGGGAAUGUCACGUGUCUGCUAGGUUUCACACUUGAAUCAUUGGUGUGAUAUCUGUCACCUACUCGCAUCUUAUGUUGAUUUCAAAUUAGAUGGCAAUGUAACAGUUUCAGUCGGUAACAUAGUGUCAUAUUUAUAAAGACAGGAACGUGUCUUUAAGGCGUGGUUUUCUCGAUGUACAGUGUAUGUAGCAAACACUACCCAAGCCAAAAGUGAAGAGUUGUGGUGAAUAUCACUUUUUAAAAUAUAUAUUUUACUACUGUCAUGCCAGAUGCUCAUUACCUAUUGCAAUAAUACGUUGCUGCCCUCCAGUUGCACAUAAACAACCAUCAAACGUACAAAUAAUCUUCAUCUUUGUGAAACCUGCUACAGUUUAUCUCUUAAUCGGGGAGAGCACUGGUAUAAAGCAUCGCCACUGAGUGUGUGUGUAUGCGUGCGCGCGUGUGUGUGUGUGUGUGUGUGUGUGUGUGUGUGUGUGUUCAGCUCCUGCACCAAGCUUGUUGACAACAUGGCGCACAGACUUUUUAGAUGUUGCAGAAAACAUUCAGUCUGAAAUGGAGCUGAGAGAUUGCACUCGGCACCUUUUUGAAAUAAUGUUUAAUUGUUGUUCUUAGUCGAUGUUCAGUGCCGUCAUUGAUGAGACUAAUCUAAUUCACACACUGUUCAAAUUGGUAGUUAUAUUUAUUCAUGUUCCGAGUUAUAUUUUAAACGGUAAACGGUUGUGCUUUGUAUAAACGGUGAUGGUCUGGUUUAUGAGGAGAUCUCCCCCAUUUGUAUCUUUUUGUUCUGUUUACAACUGAUGUCCUUUGUUUCACUAAUUUACUUGAAUUUUAUUUUGGGGCAGUUGUGUCAUACAUUUAAGCCUUUAUGACAGAAAUUGAUCGAAAGCAGGUAUUUUAAAAAAAUUAAUAAUUUUAAUUUAAAUUUUUGUUUUGGUAGAUUACUGACGGUCUUAGAAUCAGCCACAGGAGUAAAGUGAGCACUGUUUGCCUCCCCAAGCCCCUCCCCCUGCCCUCCUUUUCUCUCGUUCUUCCUCACCCUUCUUGGAGCAAAUUUCCAUCAAGUUUUUGUCUUGAUCUUAAUCCCCUUUCUUUCUUGCAUGUCCAAUCACUGGGAUGGAGCUCAGAAUAACUUGUUUCAAUCACCUAGCUGACAACAAGAGCAGAGUCACUCCCAACUCCUUGCAAGGAUUCUACCUCAGCUGUUUAUACAGAUGUUUGGGAAUACUGAUGCAAAAAGAGAGGAUGAUAAUUUAAGAUUAGGUUAGUUUUAAUGUCCUGCAAAGCAUGUGUGUGUGUGUGUGUGUGCGUGUGUGUGCGAGCGAGUGUGUGUGCGAGCGAGUGUGUUUGCAACGAAGGAUGAAAGCACUAGUCAAAACCUGAAGUUAUCAUGACCAUCUCUCCCAGAAUCUGUUAAGAAAGCUGUAUGUUAUAUAUACACACAUAUAUAAAAAAAUAUAUAUAAAUAUAUAGUAUGGUUAUUUUAAAGUAAGUGUAAAAGACAUACAAAUGAGAAAAUAUGUGAUCUUUAAAUUUACGUCUUUGUUACCAUGUACAAAUAAACCCUGGGUUUGUAAAUAUUUGUAUACAUAUUUCUAAACCUGUUUAAUUUUUCUAUGCACUUUUUUUAUUUAUAAUGUUAUUUGCUUAAUAAAGAUGUUAAGAUGUUUGAACAAA